AUGUAUGAAUAUGAUAAACCAUUAAUAUUAUACAAAGGAUUUACUUCAGUAGCCGGUCAAGGAAUAAUAACAGAAAAUGAACCAAUAUGGACUCAACAUCGUAAAUUGUUAAAUAAAGCUUUUUCGCAUAAAAUGUUGCUGUCAUUCAUUCAAAUAUUUCAUAAAGAAAGCAAUGGUCACAUCGAACAAAUUCAGAGCUGUUUAGAAAAUAAAGAAGAUAUCGAUUUGUUGGUAAUAUUUCGGGAAUUAACUAUAAAAAUUGCGACAAAAACUCUCCUUCAAAGAAAUUUAGAGCAAACUGAGUUCAAUUCGGUAAUUAUGUCAAAACAUCUUCAUGGUAUUCUACAAUAUAUAGCUGACAUUUGCUUUAUGCCUGUAAUGAACAUACCAUGGAUACGCAAGAUAGCCGAUAACAUUAUUUAUAAAUCUGCUAAAGAUGGUUUAGAUAUGUUUAAAAAACUUGUCGCUGAAUCAUUGUAUAUUAAGCAAUAUAAUACAACAGAUCCCAGCUAUUUGCCAAAGGUUAAUAGUAUAUUAGAACAUGUAGUACGAGGAACUAAACAGAAUUUACUUAAAUACAAUGAAAUCGAAGGACAGAUAAUGCAUAUUUUUGCUGGGGCCACUGAAACUUCAUCAAGUACAUUAUUUUUUGCAAUUUCUCUACUAGCCAUGCAUGAAGAGUAUCAGAGUCGUGCUUUUGAGGAAAUAAUAAACAUAUUACCCGAGGAUGAUAAUGUUGUCUUAACAUUGGAACAACUUGAUCAAUUAGUAUAUUUGGAAAUGAUAUUAAAUGAGACCAUGCGUCUUUUACCGGUAGUACCGAUGGUAUUUCGAAUAGUUAAAAAUGAUAAACUUACUCUUAGCAAUGGUUUGACUCUAGCCGUGGGCCAAAGGAUUUGUAUAGAUAUUUUUCGUUUGCAUCGCAGCAAAGAACUAUGGGGCCUCAAAGCGGAUUUGUUUAAUCCUGACAAUUUUCUACCAGAAAAUGUUGCCGCCAGACAUCCAUACGCAUUUAUACCCUUCACUAAGGGACAGAAAUUUUGUAUUGGUUCGAGAUAUGCCAUAUUAUUUCUUAAAAUUGCCUUGGCAAAAUUGAUAAAAGCUUAUAAAUUUACAACAGAUUUUAAAUACAAAUAUAUUGUUCCAGAAAAUCAUAUGACACUGAAAUUGGUGCAAGGCCCGCAAAUUCGUAUAGAAAAACGUAUUACGCCAGAAUAG